ACUGUCCGAGUAAUCUCAAGCUGAAUCGUUCAAAUCAUUGAAAUUUACGAAAAAUCAUAUACUUUCGGAAAAAUUAAAAUGCUAUUUUGAAGUAUUAUCGAUAAAAUACAAUUACAUUUCAAAUAAUUGUGGAAGCAUAUGAGCGAUCGUGUAAUUUCCGGGCAUGCUGUAGAUACGUGUCUUACAAGCGUGGACUCGUUGUCUCGUGUCAACAUGUAAAUAAUUCGAUAAUAUACUCGCAGGUUAAAUUGUUGUCAGAAGUAUCGAAACGACAGAGCAGUACAAAACUCUUACAAAUUUUCUAAAAUACAUAUGCAUAUAUUUAUACAUGUGUAUAUUUAUUCAUAUAUGUGUGCGUAUAUAUAUAGAAAAAGAACACACACUCAAUCUUACAUUACGAACAAAUUUUCGUAGUUAAUCUCGAAAUUAAUCGAUAUUAAAUGGAAAGCGAAAACCAGUCAGAAAACAAGAAUCAACAAAAACUAUCCAAGGCAAAGCGUAACUUCCGGCUAGAUUUUCAAUUCAAGGAAUGGUCCAUUUUUAACAGUUUAUUCUCGCAUACCGAUAUUUUUCUCCGAGAAUUAAUUUUAAACUCUAUCAAUGCUUUGGACAUGGUUUAUUAUUUCCCUUUCAUUUAUGGGAAAGAAGAAUUAGUCAUCCAGAUCAUUGUGAACAAGGCGAACCGGACUCUGACUGUCAUCGAUAAUGGUAUUGGUAUGACUAAACCUCAAUUAAUCAACAAUCUCGGAGUGAUAGCAAGAUCUGGAACUAAAGAAUUCAUGGAGAGUGAAAAUCGCGAUUAUAUCGAUUUAUUUGGCAUAGGCUUCUACUCCGUGUUUCUCGUAGCUGAUAAAGUAACUGUUACAUCUAAAUGUUAUAGAGGCCAACAAUAUAUUUGGGAAUCCAACUCAAAGCAAUUAACUUAUAGUAUUAAAAAACUAUCCCAUGCUGGAGCAAAAAAUCGUGGCACAAAGGUUAUGCUUUACAUUAAGGACAGUGAACCUAUGUAUUUAGAAGAGAGCUAUAUUAAGAAAAUCAUCAAGCAGUACUUUCAAUUCACUAAAUAUCCGAUCCAACUGCUGAAAGAAGAAGUUAAAACAGAGAACAAUAGUACAACAAGAGAGUUAAUAACAUACGAAGUAUUCAAUAAGAUGGAAUCCAUCUUUACCAAAAAUAUCGAUCGUGUUACUAUUAAGAAGAACAAUAUGUGCAUAUUUCAUUUAUCCGCGAAAGGAGAAUUAAAAUUCGAGGCUCUGUUCUAUAUUUCCAAACGUACGUCGUUUGACCUGUUCAAAAACAAUAUGAAGAAGAAAAAUGAGGUCAAACUAUACGUCGGGGGUGUUUUUAUUACGAACUGCGAAGAAUUAAUACCAAAUUCCUUAAAUUUUAUAAACGGCGUAAUUUACAGUGAACAUCUGCCCCUCAAUAUUUUUCGCGAAACGAUACAAUGUAGUAAAGUUUUAAAUUUGAUCAGCAAGAAGAUCGUACAGAUGUUUUUCAACUAUAUCGACGUACUGGUAAGAGACGACUACUAUAAGAUCUUCUACAAAGAAUAUAGUAAGAACAUAAAAAUGGGUAUUUAUGAGGACAGUGUCAAUCGUGAAAAACUGUUAAGCCUUCUGAGAUAUCACACUUCUGCAUCCAACGAGGAGUGUUCAUUGAAGGAUUAUGUUGGUAGGAUGAAGCAGAACCAAAAAUACAUUUACUUCAUCACUGGUGAGAGUAUAGAGCAGGUAGAGAAUAGCGUGUUCAUCGAAGCUUUGAAGAUGCGCGAUAUCGAAGUGAUUUAUAUGACUGAUCCCAUUGACGAAUUCCUAAUGGAAAAGCUGGAGAACUUUGAUGGAAAACCUUUGAUGUCUGUUAUCAGAGCCGACAUGGAGUUUUUUGAAAGUGAGGCCGAGAAAAUGAAGCGCAUGCAGAAAGCUGCCGAAUUCGAGAGAUUAUGCGAAAUCAUGCAGAAGAUUCUGAGCGAUAAGGUGGAGAAGGUCGUGGUCUCCAACAGAUUGGUUACAUCACCUUGCUGCAUUGUAAACUCGAAAUAUGGCUGGACUGUCAAUAUGGAGAGGAUCGCAAAGAUGCAAAUCCUACAUAAAAUGCCUGUGGAAUAUUUGAUGGCGAAGAGACAGUUUGAGAUUAACCCCGAUCAUUACAUCAUUCAGAAUUUUUUGACAAAAGUCCUUACUAGAGAUAACGAUUUCGACGCAAGCUUCAGGAAUCUCGUAAACCUAUUGUAUGAUACUGCAUGUAUUUUGUCCGGUUUCAUUUUGGAAGAACCCACGUUCGUCAAUAAUGUUCAUCAACUGUGUUUGUUGUACCAAGGAGAAACAUUAUGAGGAUGACGAUUCACAAGACAUAUAUCUGACAGAAAUAAUAAAUUAAACUCUGCACGUUACAUUAUUUUCGUUUUGCUAUAUUAUUAUAUUAAGAAAUUGUAAUAUACAUAUAAUCGCGUUUCAUGUAGUCUAUAUUUAUGGAACUAAUGCCGAAAUAUGUACAGGAACCACAACUAAUGUUUCUGAUUUUAAAAGGCAAAAAUAAAAGAUAUGUCUUUUUUUAUAAGUGCUGAGUCGCCGUUUUUUUUUAAGGGGGAUGAAAUACCCCUUUGAAAAAAUUGAUUGUCUUCCGAAGUGUAUAUCAGUGAAAUUAUAAGUAGAAAAAAUGUUCUGAAUAAAAAUUGAAUUUUCA